AGGCAGCUAUGGCAGCAGAAGUUCCAAUCCAGGCUCUGUGCAACGAAGCUACUUGUCCCAUCUGCCUGGAUUAUUUCAAGUGUCCGAUGACAACCAAGUGUGGGCAUAACUUCUGUCAAGCCUGCCUCGGGCAGCACAGGACAGCAUCUGGGGGACCGUUUUCCUGCCCUCAGUGCAGAGCAAUGAUUGUGCAGAAAAACCUCAUGGUCAACCGGCACCUGGCUCGGAUGGUGGAGUAUAUCAAGGAGCUUCAGGAGAAGCAAAUAGCAAAAAGAAAGAGGGGAGAAUGUGAGAAGCACCAGGAGCCCUUACAGCUUUUCUGCAAGGAGGAUGAAGUCCUCAUCUGCAUGAAGUGCAACAGGUCCAUGGAACACCAAGAACAUAAUGUGGUCCCUGUCGAUGAGGUUUCUGACGGGUACAAGAGCCAGUUAGAAACAGAGAAGGAGAAGAUCACAUCUGCCUUUGAGAGCUUGCAGACAUUACUGGAGAAGAAAAAGCAUUUUUGGCUGAGUAAGCUGAAAAAUCUGGAGACAAUAAUGAAGGAUGAGGAGAAACAAACCCUUGCUGAAAUCUCUGCAGAGACUUCUGGACUCAGUCAGCUAAUUACAGAGAUGGAGGAGAAGUGCCUGGAACCACCAAGCGAGUUUCUUCAGGACAUCAAAAACACCAGCUUUGAGAAAAGAUUAAUAUAUGACUAUGUGGACCUUUCCCCUAAGUGGGAAGAGAAACUCCGAAUUCACUCACAGAAAAACUCUGAUGUAAGAAAGGCUCUGGAGAGCCUCAAAGAGUCUCUGGUGGAUGCUUUGGACAAAGCCAAUUUGGAGCGAGUUUGGGACACAGAUAUAUUGAAGAAAGCCAUGAGUGAAGGUAAAAAAGUGAAUGUGAACUUAGACCGGCGCACAGCAUGUUCCUUGUUGUCAGUGUCAAAGGAUCUGAAAACAGUGACAUGUGCUGCAAAAUGGUGGAAAGUAAAUGACGACAACCCACAGAGAUUUGACUGGGAUCAGUGUGUGCUAGGCUGUCGAAAAUUCAUUUCAGGAAGACAUUACUGGGAAGUUGAGGUGAAGAUGGAGAAAAGGUGUUUUGGAGCGCAUCUAUUUGACAAUCCACCUUGGGCUAUUGGAGUGGCAAGAGACUCUGUCAAGAGGAAGGGGCCUAUUGAUUUUAACCCUAUUGAGGGGAUUUGGGCUAUAGGGGAAUUAAUCAGUGAUAUGUCCUGUAUUUCUCAAAUUUCUGCUUUUACUUUUCCAAAGCCCACCCCUUUGAGAUUGAGAGAAAAGCCCAAAAAGAUCCAAGUGGUCCUGGACUAUGAAGAGGGCUGGGUGGAUUUUUUUGAUGUGGAGAGGAAUGAAUUUAUAUUCACUUUCUAUUCAGCAACAUUUGCUGGGGAGGCAAUCCGACCUUUUUUCUGCACAGAUGAUGUGCUGUCACUCUGUAAGUCUUGAGAAGACCUUCCAACUCCCAGUCCCAAUACAUGGAAAGGAGAUGGUCCUCUAGAAGAAGGGCAAAAAUUAUGUGGCCCUCCAGAUGUUUUUGGAUUGCAAACUAAACAUUCCUCACCAGUGGCUGUGUGGGUUUAGACAGCUGGUAUCUGCAAUCUAACAAUAUCUGGAGGGCAUUCUCUGAAGCUGAUUAAGGCCAUGUUCUGGCUGAUGUUCUCCCUGAAAGCUUCAUAGGGAGAACAUCUGGUUCCUCAUUUCAGACUUUUAACAUUUACAUGAUCCUGAAAAAUUCAAAUAAGGAAGGCAAGAUUAGGUGCGCUGUCAGUUACUGUAACUUGAAUUAGUCCCUCUUAUCUCAAUCAUUUAAGAUGAUAUAAAUGUAAAAGUUAGAAAUAGGAAGUGAUAUCUGUAAGGAGCUUGUAAGUGUAGAAGCUUCUUUAGAAGAAUAGGAGAAAACAUUCACUAAGGAAGUGGGAGCUGAGGAAAAAUAUAGGAUCAAAACUGGUCAAACUAUCCACUUGGAGCUGUUUGCUCCAUGAAGGCAAAUUCCUGUUUAAAAACAAGUUUUCUUUUCACCUUUUAGCUGACAUCUCCUUUACUGUAUAGACUUUCUCUUUUGGAAUAAUGUUUUUUCUGGUUUUAAGAAGUUUCAUAAUUGAAAAAUAUUAAUUUCUGUUUGCAAAUUCUCCCUCUGGUUUUUGUCAUCUUGCUUUUGUUUAAAUAUGUAUUUAAUCCUAUUCCAUACACUGGAGAUUUAUAAUAAUAAUAAUGCAACCCACACUCACCCCUCAAAAAAAUUUACACAGUCCUCAAUUUUUACUCCAUCUUUCCUCCAAACAGCCUGAGGAAUUAAAAAUUACUCUUCCUAAUUGUCGGUUUUUCUCCCAUAACAAUAUCUGAGGUAGGUCUGGGUAAGAAAUAUUAGUUCUGUGUUUUUGUUGCUCAGAAGGGGAUUUAAACCUGGAUCUUCCCAAUCUCAGGCUGCAUCUAUACAGCUGAACUGAUUCAGUUUGGCAUUGCUUUA